UUCCAUGUCAACGUGCUUCAACCUAUGCAAAAAAGCUCAUAAACAGUUAAACACACACCACACAAAGAUCCUUUAUACUAUGGAUACUAAGAAAUCGUUAAUGAUUCUAUUGAGCAACGUCUUCGUUUGGCUCCUAGCCGCCACGGUGGUUCAAUCUUGCUUACCAUCCGAUCGAGCCGCGCUUCUAGAGUUCCGAGCUAAGCUCAAUGAGCCCUACAUUGGAGUUUUCAACACUUGGAAAGGUCUAGACUGUUGCAACGGUUGGUACGGUGUCAGCUGCGAUCCCAACACCCACCGAGUCGCCGGCAUUACACUCCGUGGUGAAUCCGAAGAACCUAUUUUCCAAAAGGCGAAACGGAGCGGGCUAAUGACCGGCUCCAUUUCGCCCUCGAUAUGUAAACUCACUCGUCUCUCCGGCAUCAUCAUCGCCGAUUGGAAGGGAAUCUCCGGUGGGAUUCCUAGUUGCAUUGAGAAUCUUCCUUUCUUAAGACAUUUAGAUCUCGUCGGGAAUAAAAUCUCCGGCGUGAUUCCGGUGAAUAUCGGGAAGUUACUGAGGCUUAAAGUGUUGAAUCUAGCGGAUAAUUACUUAUAUGGUGUGAUUCCUCCGUCGAUCACGAGAUUAACGAGUUUAUCGCAUUUGGAUCUCAGGAAUAACAAUAUCUCGGGAGUCAUACCGCGAGAUAUUGGACGUUUAAAGAUGGUGAGUCGUGUGCUUUUAAGCGGUAACAAAAUCUCGGGUCAAAUACCCGAAUCUCUGACCCGGAUCUACCGUCUCGCGGAUCUUGAACUCUCGAUGAACCGAAUCACCGGUCCGAUUCCGGCUUCGUUCGGCAGAAUGUCGGUGCUCGCGACGCUUAACCUCGGCGGAAACUUAAUCUCCGGCGAGAUUCCGGGUACUCUAAUGGCAUCAUCGAUCUCGAAUUUGAAUCUGAGCGGGAACCUUAUCACCGGACGGAUACCAAACACGUUCGGGCCAAGAUCGUACUUCACGGUGCUGGACCUCGCGAACAAUCGUCUUCAGGGACCAAUUCCGACCAGUAUCGCGGCGGCGUCGUUUAUCGGCCAUCUUGACGUGAGCCAUAACCAUCUGUGUGGGAAGAUUCCGACGGGAUCUCCUUUUGAUCAUCUCGAUGCGACGUCGUUUGCUUACAAUGCUUGUCUCUGUGGAAAGCCUCUUGGGAAUUGUAAGAAAUAAUUAAUUAAUUAUUGUUUAAAGAUUUGAGGGAAUCAAAUACAGUAGUAGUUUGAUU